AAGCCGCGGCCUGCAGGCUCUCGAAUCGGUUUGCAAUCGCGGCUUGCACUAUUCCAGCACACGAGCCGAACCUGCGGGAUUUCGAACCCUGUGCCGGCCGAUGCAGACUAGAAAGCACGCUUCUGCAGGUUGAAAAAGGGCCUCUCCUUUUGCCUGCGUUGGGCAGGUGCAAUGCAACAAUGCCGCCGACAUCACGCACUCACGCACGCACGCCUCAUGCUUUGCGCAUCUUGCACCUCGCACCGCGCGGCACCGAGCACAGUUAGCAAACAGAGAGCGACUGUUCGGCGAAUUCCCCGCCGGCAAUGUCACCGGCUGCCCGAGUCAGCACCCACGUGGAAAGUCAGCCGUCUAGCCCCUUCGAGCCACGAGCGCCCCAAACGUGCCACCACCACCGCUUGGCACGCUACUGCUCCCUCCAGGGGCGCAUUGACAGAUUGGCCGUCCAAACCUGAAAAGCAAAAACAAGCUCGAACAAGGCAAACGUCAGAGAUGAUCACGAAGGCCACUUUCAUGCAUCGAACGCCGCCUCGUGUAAAUUAGGUACAAUUAUAGAAGGGAGCACGCGGAUGGCAUAACAGCACCCCCGCAACACUCGUGUUUGAUCUCCCUCUGCCCGUCGCCCUGCCGCGUUCUAUCCGGCCGGUACAUACGCCA